CAUUCUAGUUCUCAACCUCUCUCUCUCUCUCUCUCUCUUAUAUCAAAGCGCUCUCUAUCCAAUCCAACACAAUGGCGACCAUCUUUCAGAAUAAGAGGAUUGAGAGAAAUGACACUGGAAAUAGGAUGAGGUUUCCUAGUGAAGCCAAUUUGACAAAUCUUCCAUUUAGUUGCAACAGCCCCGGCCAGUUCGGAAGCUUGACAGUUACAGACGAGGGGGGUGCCCAGAAGAUGCUUACCAUAGAAAAUCAGCGCGGACAGGUAUGUUUCACUCGGGGGUGGAAUGCAUUCAGAGAGGAGAAAGGCAUUACAGUUUCACGAGAUCUCCCUUUACAAAGAUGAUGAAACUGAUCAGUACAGAAUUAUAGUGGAGUGAAACUAAGAAAAGGGAUGGUUUUUU